CGCAACUCCGUUAGCUUCUCUAGCCCUUUCCCAAUACCUAUUGCACAAACGUUUCUACGUGCCUGCUAUUUAAAACAAAAUGUCCAUACAAAAACACUGCUCUUCUGCCGUAAUCCUGGUCGGCGGUCCUUCUCGUGGUACUCGUUUCCGUCCUCUCUCCUUUGAUGUUCCAAAGCCUCUCUUUAAAAUUGCUGGAAAAGAGAUGAUCUACCAUCAUCUGGAAGCUUUGUCGCGUUUGGAAAAUGUUAAGGACGUAUUUUUGGUCGGUUUUUAUGAUGAUAAUGUGUUCUCGGAAUUUGUAAACGAGGCUUCCAAGAACUUCCCCUGCUUCCGUCGCAUUAAGUAUUUACGCGAAUACAACUGUUUGGGAACCGGUGGCGGUCUUUACCAUUUCCGUGACCAAAUCAGAAAGAGUGAUGUGAAGGACUUGUUCGUUAUGCACGCUGAUGUCUGUUGUAGCUUCCCUUUGAGUCAAUUGUACGCAGUUCAUGAAGAAAAGAAGGCUUUGGUCACGCUUAUGACGACCAAGGUUAGUAAAGAUGAUGCCAAGAACUUUGGCUGUCUCGUUGAGGACACUUCUUCCGGAAAAGUGUUGCACUACGUGGACAAGCCCGAUUCCUACAUCUCUAACAUUAUCUCCUGUGGUAUUUACGUCUUUGACGUUGCUAUUUUUGAUGAGAUUAAGAAGGCGUACGAGCGUACGGCCAAGGAACGAGCCGAGGAACACUAUUCUGAAGAAACUUCAGAAGAUUAUUUGAGUUUGGAGACUGAUGUUCUCGCGCCCCUUUGUUCCGACCAGACAAAACCUGUUUAUGCCUACAACACGACAGAUUUCUGGCGCCAAAUCAAGACCGCUGGUUCCGCAGUUCCUGCAAAUUAUCUUUACCUUCAUCAGGCUCUCCGUGAGGGCAAGCUUCCUAAGGUCGAGACGGAGGCCACAAUUAUUCAACCGGUUUACAUCCAUCCUUCAGCUACUAUUGAGGCAGGUGCUAAGAUCGGCCCUAAUGUGUCCAUCGGUGCACAUGUGAAGGUACACGCUGGUGCUCGUAUCCGUGACUCAAUUGUUCAAGACGAUUCGGAGAUCUGUGAAAAUGCCGUUGUUCUCUACUCCAUUCUUUCCCGCCAUUGCCGUAUUGGUCGCUGGUCUCGUGUUGAGGGAUCGCCCACACUCCCCAGCCAACACUCUACUACUAUUAUGCGCAACCAUGUGAAGGUGCAAGCCAUCACUGUUAUGGGCUCUGGUUGUCGGGUUACUGAUGAGGUUCGUGUCCAAAACUGUCUUGUUCUUCCCAACAAAGAGAUUACCGUUGGUUUGGUUGGUGAGAUUGUAAUGUAGACGACGUGCGCUUUUAUAAUACAUAAUGAAUUGACAUUCCCACGCAAAUGACAAACCCAGCGCCGACUUUCGUUUUAUGUUAUUAGAGUAGAAGUAAUUUAUAUAUCCUCAUUCUCAGUUUGUUGUUUCGUUUCCCCUG